GGCGCUCAGAUAUACAGAGUGAGCUCGGAGAAGCAGUCUCAGAUCCUGACGGUGCAGCAGCCCGCAGCCUCAGCCAGGGAGUCCCAGCCGCUUUCAAUGGAGGAGAAGCCCGGCCAGCCACAGCCUCAGCACCAUCACAACCACCACCAUCCGCACCAUCACCCCCAGCAGCAGCAGCAGUCGCAGUCGCAUCACCACCACCAUUAUUAUUUCUACAACCACAGCCACAACCACCAUCACCACCACCAUCACCAGCAGCCUCACCAGUACCUACAGCAUGGAGCCGAGGGCAACACCAAGGCCCAGUCAAAGCCGCUGAAACAUGAGCAGAAACACGCCCUCCAGCAGCACCAGGAAACGCCGAAGAAGAAAACAGGCUAUGGUGAACUAAAUGGUAAUGCUGGAGAAAGAGAAGUAUCUUUAAAGAACCUCAGUUCUGAUGAAGCUACCAACCCUAUUUCCAGGGUCCUCAAUGGCAACCAACAAGUUGUAGACACUAAUCUGAAGCAGACUGUAAAGGCCAGCACCUUUGGGAAAGCAGGAAUUAAAACUAGGAAUUUCAUUCAGAAGAACAGUAUGGACAAAAAGAAUGGAAAGUCUUAUGAAAAUAAAUCUGGAGAGAACCAGUCUGUAGAUAAGAGUGAUGCUGUAGCAAUUCCAAAUGGUGUUGUAACAAAUAAUUCUGGCUAUAUUACUAAUGGUUAUAUGGGCAAAGGAGCAGAUAAUGACGGAAGUGGAUCUGAGAGCGGAUAUACCACUCCUAAAAAAAGGAAAGCUAGGCGCAAUAGUGCCAAGGGUUGUGAAAACCUUAACUUAGUGCAGGACAAAAUAAUGCAAGAGACAAGUGUCCCAACCUUAAAACAGGGACUUGAAACAUUCAAGCCUGACUACAGUGAACAAAAGGGAAAUCGAGUGGAUGGUUCCAAGCCCAUUUGGAAGUAUGAAACUGGGCCUGGAGGAACAAGUCGAGGAAAACCUGCUGUGGGUGAUAUGCUGCGGAAAAGCUCUGAUAUUAAACCUGGUGUGAGCAGCAAAAAGUUUGAUGAUCGGCCCAAAGGAAAGCAUGCUUCUGCUGUUGCCUCCAAAGAGGACUCGUGGACCCUAUUUAAACCACCCCCAGUUUUUCCAGUGGACAACAGCAGUGCUAAAAUAGUUCCUAAAAUAAGUUAUGCAAGCAAAGUUAAGGAAAACCUCAACAAAAGUGUACAGAACUCUUCUGUGUCACCAUCUUCGUCUUCAUCAUCAUCAUCAUCUACUGGGGAAACUCAGACCCAGUCUUCAAGUCGGUUAUCACAGGUCCCUAUGUCAGCGCUGAAAUCUGUUACUUCAGCCAACUUUUCUAAUGGGCCUGUUUUAGCAGGGACUGAUGCAAGUGUAUUUUCUCCAGGGGGUCAGCCACUGCUAACUACUGCUGCUAAUACGCUAACACCCAUCUCUUCUGGGACUGAUUCAGUUCUCCAGGACAUGAGUCUGACUUCAGCAGCUGUUGAACAAAUUAAGUCUAGCCUUUUUAUCUACCCAUCAAAUAUGCAAACUGUGCUGUUGAGCACAGCACAAGUGGAUCUACCCUCUCAGACAGAUCAGCAAAACCUGGGGGAUAUCUUCCAGAAUCAGUGGGGUUUAUCAUUUAUAAAUGAGCCCAGUGCUGGCCCUGAGACUGUUAUUGGGAAGUCAUCAGAUCAUAAAGUGAUGGAGGUGACAUUUCAAGGGGAAUAUCCUGCCACUUUGGUUUCACAGGGUGCUGAAAUAAUCCCCUCAGGAACUGAGCAUCCUGUGUUUCCCAAGGCUUAUGAGCUGGAAAAACGGACUAGUCCUCAAGUACUGGGUAGCAUUCUAAAAUCUGGGACGACUAGUGAGAGUGGAGCCUUAUCUUUGGAACCUGGUCAUAUAGGUGACCUGCAAAAAGCAGACACCAGUAGUCAAGGUGCUUUAGUGUUUCUCUCAAAGGACUACGAGAUAGAAAAUCAAAAUCCUCUGGCAUCUCCUACGAACACUUUGUUAGGCUCCGCCAAAGAACAGAGAUACCAGAGAGGCCUAGAAAGGAAUGAUAGCUGGGGUUCUUUUGACCUGAGGGCUGCUAUUGUAUAUCACACUAAAGAAAUGGAAUCUGUUUGGAAUUUGCAGAAGCAAGAUCCCAAAAGGAUAAUCACUUACAAUGAAGCCAUGGAUAGUCCAGAUCAAUGAAGGACCAGACUGCCUGUUUGUAACCUUUCUGCAGCAUUAGAGCCACCGUUCAUGGGGGACACAAGGCUUUUAUGCUCCUAGAUCUCUUCAACGCAGCAGAGGAACCAUAAGUAGAAUCACAGGAUAAUAUAUAUACAUAUAUAUAUAUAUAUAUAUAUACAUAUAUAUAUAUAGUUAUUUAAAAAAGGCAACUGAAAGUAAUUAGACUUCUUAAGGAAUCAAAUUUAUUUCAAGAGACUACACAUGGUUAUUUAAUCUCCGGUACUGAAUUAGUUUUUUUCUUUUUUUUCUUUUUCCUUUUGUUAAUUUUUGUUUUUAAGUGUGAAUGCAAGUGGUUAAUGAAUAUAGACUUGUUAACAAGCGUGGUUCUAAAGUUCCUGCUGUCAUCAUCUUGGGCAACAAAUGACCCGCUGGAAAGGCAAAUCCACUUAAAAGAUUUCUGUAUCUUGUUCUGUGACUAAUGUGAUACACUAAUCACGGGGAACCCAGAUUGAUUCAACAUUUCCCCCACGCCUCCCUUGAUCUUUUGGUUAUCAUUUGAGCCCUGCGAGAAUGCUGGAUAAAUGCUUUGAAGUUUGCAGGGGUGUAUUUUUUUAGCGAAUAUGAUUUGCAUGUCUUGCCAGGAAUUAAGCAGCCUCUGUGGGGUAUUGGGGAAAUGUUUUAUUUUUGUUUUUUUCUGGGGGGGGGGAUAGGGGAGGGCAUUGAAGUUCUACAAUUCUGGAAUAGUUGGUGGUACAUAAUUCACUUGGCUUCGGUUACAUAUUGGACUUUAACAAGUGAAGAAUCCAUGAGUGUCAUUUUAAAAGAAGUUACAGAACAAACAAUUGGCUUUAGAAAUUUAAUAUGGAAAAAUACUCCUAUGCCCAUAUUUUAAUGUAAUUGUAUAAGUGGGAGCAAAAAUAUAUUCUGCUUUUCAACUGUAGGUGCUCCAGACUUGCUCUGUCACUAACACUAAAUGUGCUGUUUUCCGUGUUUUUCAUCAAACAUCUAAAGAGAAACUUCUGUACCUUUCUGUAAAUUCUCUUUUAAUUUCUCAGAAUUACCUAAAAGGGGAAGAAAAAAUUCCAUGAAAACUAUAAAACUUUUCAUGUUUUUAGCCAGUGAGGAGGUAAUAAACCCUGCCUAUAGAAGGUGUGUUUUCAUGCAAACUAUACUUCUGAGCUUACUAUCUUCUAAUUAUAUCUUAAUAAAUAUAUUUUAUUACUAGA